UGUCUGGGCAGACCUGCGUGGAUCGACUGCUCCAGUCUGGCGCGUCCUCCGCGCGGGAAAAAUUUCAAUCCCGACUAACUGCCGCAGCGACCUCCCACCGUUUACAACCCGGGCCUGCCUCCGCCUUCUCCUGCUUGUUAAUCCGGACUCCUAGCCUCACACGAGUGGAAGCGAAAUUCAAGCCGCCGCCGCCGCUAUGUCCGAGGCUUAUUUCCGGGUGGAGUCGGGUGCACUGGGUCCUGAGGAGAACUUUCUGUCGCUGGACGACAUCCUGAUGUCCCACGAGAAGCUUCCGGUGCGCACGGAGACCCCCAUGCCUCGCCUCGGGGCUUUCUUCCUGGACCGGAGCGGAGGGGCCGAAACUGACCACACGAUUCCUCAGACAUUCAUUGGACGUUUCCGCCGCAUCAUGGACUCCUCCCAGAACGCUUAUAAUGAAGACACUUCGGCCCUGGUAGCCAGGCUCGACGAGAUGGAGAGGGGCUUGUUUCAAACAGGGCAGAAAGGACUAAAUGACUUUCAGUGUUGGGAGAAGGGGCGGGCUUCUCAGAUCACAGCCUCCAACCUCGUUCAGAACUAUAAGAAGAGAAAAUUCACAGACAUGGAAGACUGAAGGCCAGAAGACACAGCAUUGCUCCUUGUGGAAUUACCGCUCUGUGUGUCCUUGAUAGGAGCCUUGUUGACCUUGUAAACGGCCACAUAAUGGCUUAUUUCCUGCCGCAGUCUCUGGACUGGUGCUGUGUGUUCGGGAAAGGACGGGCUGGAGGAUGUCCCUGACCUGUGUGGCUUACAAGGCUCUCCACCCUGUGACCCACAGCUGGGGAGAAACCAAAGCCCUCUGUUAAAUAAGGAUGGUUACUACAUGCGUCACAGUACAAUUGGAACUGGAUCCCUAUGCCCGGAAGUGUGACAGUCUCCCAUGCCCACUUUUCGCUACUCCAAAGGACAAGUGCAAAUGGGUCAUCUGCCCACAAAUGUUCUCUUGAACUUAACUGCGGCAUCUUCCUUGUGGCUGCUCUGAGGACAGCACCCCCAGGAUGCUGGCCUUUACUGGUCCAUGUCUCUGGCCUCCUGCCUGCAGGGAGUCACCCAAAUUUCCAAAAACAGUGGCCAAGAAUAAAGAAGAAGGACAAGACAGAUGAAUGGCAGGGCUUUUACUAAAGAGAAGGCCUUGCUCUCCCCCUCCGCAGUCAGGGCUUCGGGACUGGGCUUCACAAAGCUCCGCCGUCAGCCCGAAGGGAAAUGGUUAACCUGAGCUUGUCUUUUGCCUUGAGAUCUUUAGAGCCACCGGCCCCGCCCCGCAAUCCAUCCCCUCCCUAGCUGUCAUGGAGUCAUUUGAUGUUGCAAAGUAGUUAUUAAAGGGUGUUAACCAGCCCGUCUUAUUUUGAAAGCUGGACUUUAGGGUUGCUGGUUAGGAAAAGCCCUGUUUCAGAAGCCAAGCAUAGCAGAUGUAAGCGGACACGAGACCUUGACCGUGGUUUUCCUCCUCGGUCGAGUUUGCAGCAUUGUUACCUAGAGGAUUUCUGGCCAUUUACUGAGAGUCUGUUUAAGCAAGCUCAAAACUCUGCCCGGAGAUCCCGGCGGAAACCUCGGGCUGCAUGAGAAACAUCGCUCCCUGCGGGCCACCCUCUGAGGGCAGGUGUCUCCACUCCAGCUUCCCACAACCAACGAGACUGGUCUCUCUCAUUAGAAAUCAUAGAGGGCUUUGGGUGCUCAGACUGCAGAUGUCCCGACGCAAGCUCGGAGUGCCAGAACGGCUCUCAAAAUGCAGGUUUCAAGACGGAACCGAUAGUUUUAUAACUUGAUUUUGGUGCUAAAUAAAUGACCCACUUAGCGCGUGCGCA